GUCAAUAAUAAACAUCAUCAUUCUGUAAUAGCUUAUAGAACAACGAACAAGUUCAUCAUCUACUCCAAACAAGCAAUAAUUAGCUUUUAUUAAGUUUAUAUCAAGCUCAUUAUCAGAAUGACCGAUUUGAUCAUGACUGCUCAUGCUUCAUCGAAUAGGGUUUCUUCCAAACGCCCUCGUCGUCGACGUCCGACCGUCUUCACAGAUUUACAGCUGAGGAUUCUGGAGACCGUGUUCAACGACAACCAGUAUCCUGAUAUCACGACUAGAGAACAACUGGCUUCAAGUCUGCAGCUUAAAGAAGACAGAAUUAUGGUCUGGUUUCAGAACCGUCGUGCACGUGUCCGUCGAGCCUCUCUUGUUUCAUGCUCUGCUCACCAACCAGUCAUUAAGAAAGACGUCUACAACCCUCGCCUUCAACCAUCUAAUGAAGUCGACUUGUCUGCCGUAAGCCGUAAACGGAAGACACCAUGCGACGACGAUGAGGUCAGCCAGACGACACCACCUACAAAGAAGUUGGGCGCCGUGUCAUCCAAGUUCUCCGUCGACUUUCUCGCUAAAAGCAGUCGAUCGACGUCAGAGUCAACGACCGUUUCAUCGGACCAACAUCUUCAAUGUCAUGGCGUCACUCAGCUCCACGGCACGACAUCACGUGACUCAACGAAAGGCGCCACUAGUCCACUGAUGUCAGUAGACUUUCUCUCUCGUAGCAGUCGCUCUCCUUCUCCCUCUAGCGCUGAGUAUCUUCACCGAACACCGUCUUCUUUCUACACACCGAUGGGUUAUCAUCCGUAUGUCUUCUGCAUCAACUUCUAGGCACUGACUGAAUGAACUCACGAACUCUCAAACCAGAAAAAACCUUUUAAUUGCUGUUAUGAUUCUUGCCAAGUGCAGUAAUAUUGACCAUGUUAUUACUAAUGCAUAAAUUGUCCCUAAUGUAAUAUUUUGCCGCACUACUGACAUGAAUAGCAUUGGUCGAAUAAAAUGUUUAAAUUCAACUGUAAAA